AUGCCCUUAUCCCCGGAGGAGAUCGCGGAGAUAGUCCAUGCGACCGACAAUGCGCUAGCCGAACUCAGACUUUUCAUUGCGGCCACAGGCAAGUCACUCGCUGUUUUCGAUACACGGACAUCGGUCGAACACAUCUGGAAGCGCGAGUACAGCCCUUCAGCUAUGUUGUUCUGUCUUGUCAGGUAUUCUGGGCUUGUCAACACGCUGUUCGUGGUCCUGGUGGAGACGGGACGGACGGGCAUAUCCGACAAGUCCGCGCCUACCGUUACGUUCCGGCACUAUAGAGGCGUACUAUACUUUGGAGUACUUUUGAUCGCGAACCUCAUCGGACUCAUCCUCGUUAGGUUUCUCGCUCUCAUUCAGCCAAUGAACACCUGGAUAGCUAUGUGCGUCUCCUCUCAGACCUCUCUCAUACUUCAGCGCGUCCCUACUGACGCUCACUGGCCAUUCCUCCUCAUGACCUACCGCUUCAUCCUCGACCUGCACGAGGCAGCGGAUCCGCGCUUCGAACUUGAAGACCUGACCACCGCAGCCGGUGGAGGCGAUACCUCUGCCUUGAUCUUCGUGGCCACAUCCAAGCAUGCGCCGCGCUUCGACUCCGAGCGUUCCCCGCCCUCGGGGACCGGAACCUCUGACACUGGCUGGUUCGACCAAAGCCUGGAAGAUGGGAGGAGCGUCGCCGAGUGCGAUCACUUCGCGCCGGAAUGGCACUGGCAGGUCCGUCGAAGUCAAAACUGUCUGGAGGCGGGUACAGACGGACGGGGUGUCGUGGUGUCGCGACGCGGCGAUGUGGACUCCGUCAUCUGGAUACGCUAA